AUGUCAAACGACUCCACAUUUCCCGCGUUGGGAAUGGAACUUGUAAAGCUUGAUAUGCGGAGCUUUAAAGCCAUAUCGCUUGAGGUCAUACAGACAGCUUAUGUGGACAUCUCCUUAACCCUCCAGCUCUUCGAGAAGCACAUUUCCAGUAGUGCAAUUGCCUCUACACCUAAGUUUUACUGGCCACUAAUACGCUAUGGACGGACUCAGCUUUGCGGAGAUGACCUUUUACUUGAGACUUGCCCUCAUGAUGGCGUACAAUUGGACAAGGCCCUCAAGCCAUUCAUGAAAGAGCCCCUAGCUGUUCGCGAACAGCUGCUUUAUGAUGUUACACACGGUAUCUACUAUGCUUUGGACCUCCUUUACGGGCGUGUUCAACCAGGGGAGCUUUGCAUUCGCUCUCAUCUGCGCCUCAGCAUGGCAACAGUUUACCUUUCCAGUGACAGGAGGGUCUACCUGGGGAACUAUUCAUUACCUUGCAUCAGGAGUGAGAAUGUGUUGACAGCCUCGAAGAACGAGGCUUUUCAGCUCGACAGAACCAUGCUGCUGGUUAUGCUACGGUAUGCAGUUGGCUUGCUUUCUCUCUCACCUCUUCCAAAGGACUCCAAAGUAAAGGAGAUCCUCGAUUUGACUCAGAACAGUGCAUCUUAUCCAUUUGAAGCUAUUCUUGCCACCAUAGGCAUACACCCUAUCUCUUUUGCAGAUCUCUCUCACAAAACAGAUACAGUUGCCAGCAGUCAGAGUCAGGUACCUAACACCAAGUCAUUGCCACCGUCUGUACCGAUACCAGCACCUAAGCUAGUAUCUGGUAGCACAUAUGUGUCUUCACAGGCUCAGGUAGCUCGUGAUGGCAGUCAUAGCUUUAAUGGAGCAAUAGAUACCCUCAACUACCUUAGCACGUCUCAGUUGCGGCUCAUGCACCUGUCGAGAUCUGUUAACACUUCCCAGAUAGAGCAUGAGGACCCAGCAGCUGAACUGGAAAGGACGUCUAACGGUUUCUAUAGUUCUGUGUGCGAAGAAAGCCUUCUGGUCGCGCAAGUAUAUGAUCGAGCGCUCAUCCCAUUUGAAACGUUUCUAGAUAUUAAGAACUACUACAGUGGGGAAACAAGAAGAGUCUUUGUUUCCGUCGAGAAGGUGUGUCCUACUCGUCUAUACGUGGCUGACAUCUAUCGUUUUAUCAAGGACAAUAGCAUCAAGAUGCUCAUGCAGAGCCGUCGCGUUCUUACUUUGUUGACACACGAAGAUCUAUAUAUGCAGCUCCACAGUAGAGGUACAUCCGAGCUGUUGCAUUUUCUGACAGAAAAGGAUAACAUGGUGCUUAUCUUGCAAGCAGCAUUGAGUGGAAUCUUUAUUGAACGACAAGUACCGGUUCUUCCUACAAUCAGAUACACCCUUAUAAAUAGUCUUCCCAGUUUUAUCGGUCUCUUUUUCAAUAUCCCCGCAGUUGCUGCAUCGUUCUUGGAAGAUCAGCAGCUCAUUUCAAUCUUUUUCAAUAGUCUAAAUAAUUUUGUCAAUCAAUCUUUAGUUCGUAAUUUGUCAAAAAGCGAUUCAGCAGAUUCUGAUGUGCGGAUGUGCUGCUUGGCCAAUCUGCGGUUAAUCUUCACCAUCCUUUAUCAAAACUAUGAGUCCCAAUUAUUCAUGAUAUUCUCUUCCAAUCAGUUCAACUGGAACGCUCUUCUGCUUCAGAUGGCUAUGUGCCCCAUGUUUUCUAAGGAGAUCGUCCCCAUCAUGAAGUCCAACCGUCUUCGUAGGGAGCUCGUGAACAGCAUGAUCCAAGAGCUGCAUCAGAUCACUCCUACUGCAUCCUUUUCUUAUUGCUCGAAGUUUUGCAUAUGCGAGCAUCUGCGUGCCUUUUCACAAAUCAAUAGUACGCUCUUUUACUUCUUCUCUGAGCAAAUAACUGGUUUAUAUAACCUGGUAGUCGCCCUACUGUCCUGCAGAAACGAUAACAUACAGAUUUCUGGGGAGCUUAUCAAUAUCGUGGCAACAUAUCUAGCUAGACUGUUGUAUCUUGAUGUUCACAGUCUGAUUCAGAAGAAGGGCCGAGAUCCACAUCGGUUGAAAACAAUACGCCCAACAGUAACACGGAUGAGCACCAUAGUCAAAGCCAUUGCAAGCACUCUUGGGAAGACUACAACCUUCUCUGCGCAGGAUACAAGCCGAGUAUACUAUGGGCUUUUAUUUAUUUGUCGCAUUUAUUGUGCUGUUGGAUAUAUGUUUAAAUACAUUACUGAGAUCUGUCUGCCAAACCACGAUAUUGAUGCAAUCCCCAAUCCAUUUGCGUGGAACUUUUUUGACGUUCCUGGUAGCGCACACGUUGUAGGAUCUUCCUACCUUGGAUUGGGUGACAUUACAGAGUGGGUAGCAUACCUAGGCGACGAGGGUUAUCAGAGCACGUUGAAAGACAUCUUCACGUUGAUUAGAGGCCUUCUUACACCCGAGUUGUCAUCGCUUGUCCGCAAGGUUGGCUCUUCUGAUGCAUUUAUCAACAUCAAUACCAUUCAGUGUCUUCUGGCACGGAUUAGGCACUCAAUCAUUGAGCUGGAGGUCUUGCUCUCCUCUAUGGCAUCCCCCAUGCCUGUCUUGAAAGACAUUGGAUUCACAGGUAGAUUAAUGCACUAUGUUGAGAGCCACAGAGAAGGGAAAGACUAUCACGAGCCUAUUGAGAGACCAGCAGAAUUGGUUCUUAUCAUCUCCACACUUCAUGUCGUCGUUAACUUUGCGGUUAAGGCUACGCUUACAGAUGUUUAUAUUAGUCGUUGUGCUCUGAUGCAGUACGAUGUGACCAAAAGUCCUCUGAGCUUCAGCUCACUCUCAAUCUCUUAUAUAGGUCAAGGAGAUACAGAGGACAUAACCAGGUCAACGCAGUAUACAGAUAGUGAAAACUUCACACCAGAGGUAGCUGAUGUCAAGAAGCGAUCACCAACAAGUCUUCUCAAGUACUGUCGGUUGUUGAUGGACAGGAGUGAGAUCAUAGAGCCGCUUUGCACAGCCCUUGGCUUAGACUUUUCCAUUGUUCAGGAGGCUAUCACUGCGUUUGAUCUCAUUCAUGUCUUUAACUCUUACAGUCCCUCGUCGUCUAUACAAUUAUGA